AUGUCUGAUAGAUUAAAAAUAAAACUUCAACAGACUACACAUGCACUUGGUAUAUUAGCCUAUAAUCAUCGAUUACUUAUUGAUAAUACAGUUGAAGAUGAUCUAUUUAUUUUAUUGAAACAAUAUAUAGAACAAAGACAAAUAGUCAAACAACUUGAAAAUCAAUUAAAAACUGUUACAUUAAAAACAAAAUCACAAAGUCAACAAAUUCAGGAUCAACGACAACGUCGUCUUAAUUCAACAAAUCGAGCUACUAGAUUACAUAAAACAAUUCAACAAAUCUAUGAUAUAAUAAAUUAUCGUGGUCAACAUACAUCACCCAUAGAUCAAUUACAUUAUAUUAAAAAAUUAUGUGAAGAUAGAUUAAGAGAUGAUAUAUUAUCUGAAGAUGAAGAUGAAGAUGAAUUAGAUAGUCGAAACUGUACAAUUGAUGAUGAUCAAAAUGAAAGUAUUAUAAUACAUCCUCGUGUUGUUCUUCCUCAAUCAUCAACAAAAAAACGUUCAUUAAAUCAAGAUGAUAAUAAUAUUAUGUCGCCACCAAAACGUCUUCGAUAUGAAGAAUCUCGACAAAUAAUAAAUCCUAUAUCUCAACGUAUCAUCGCUCAAACAACAUUUGAAUGUUUUACAUCAGCAGAAAAUACAACACGACCAUUUACUGUAUCAACUGAUAUUAAAAUGAUGGAUAAUUCAUGUAAUGACCAGUCAAGUUGUUUGACAAUGAAUAAUGAUAAUACAUUAUCAUCAUCAUCAAUAAAUAAUAGUACAAAAACAACAUCAUCAUCUUCAAUUGAACAAACUUUAUCAAUGACACCAACAAAAAUCUCUACGACAGCACAUCGUUUUGCUUCGAGAAAAAUUUUCAAACCAGAAACAUGUUUUGUGUGUAUCAAACGAAUCAAUUUUGGUUCGGUAUCAUAUCGUUGUUCAUAUUGUUCUCAAUCAUGUCAUGUUAAUUGUAAAGAAAAUGCAGGUUCAAAUUGUAAAACAUUGUCAAAUAAUGCAAUGUUACCACCUCAUUCACCUAAAAUAUCAACAAUAACCACAUUAAAAAAUACUCAUCGACAACGAUUGACUAAUUCAGAACCUCGAAAAGCAGGUAUAUCAUCAAUACAUACAUCAACUAUUCAACGACGUUUACCAUUCGAUGGCAUGAUGUCACAUAAAUCCAGUAGCAAAUAUAUUCCUUCUGUUUAA